AUGUUUUCUACGUCGGGUACAAAUGGCACUCCUGCGGCUUCUGUCAGGACAAGUCGACGACGACAACGUCCGGCAUCAAAUGAGGGGUCGAUUCCGAAAGCAAAGAGGCAGAGAAGCGCUCUCAGCGACCAGACCUUUGCGCCUCCUCGAGACGAUCCAGUGGAAAUGCAGGAAGUCAAACUCCAGAAGGUGCCCUCACUAACUAGGAGGGAGAGCCCAAGAGCGACACCGGUCCACCAGAAAGAAAUUGCCGUAAGAGGGAAGAAACAACGAAACGGCGAGCGCAGUAGUAAAGGAGACGGCAGCCUCGUUCUUACCACGAAUGAUACUUACACCGUGAGCAAGCUUCCUGCUUUGCCUGAAUCUUUGCGUGCGAACGAUACAAGCCGAAUACAUGGCGCAGUAUAUUCGGAUUCUGGAUACGCGCUCUCACUUACUCACACCCACGCGAUCGUCUGGCCAUACGCGGUACAUGUUCCCUCACCCGAAACCUUUACGUUCGCUAUUCCCUUCCCUUCGAGCCACGCAUCCGACCCCUUGCCACUGGGCUCUUUGGUAUCUGCGUCCGCGUCUUCUACCGAGCCUGGGCUUGUCAUCGUCAUUCCCUCAACCGGCAGAAUAACGUAUUGGGAAUCCAUCGCGAGCGCGGCAACACUGAACUUAAAGCUACAAAGAAAUGGAGUAGACUUAGUGAUUCCUGGAAUGUUAUCUGGGGAGAAGGUUAUACAGAUCCUCAAUGCAGAAUCUGCUGGUUUUAUGCUCGCUUUCAGCAGUGGCAGGAUUGCGUAUAUGACAGUCAGAGAUGGGCAAGGCAGACCUGCAAUCGCCGUACAAUUCCUUCGAAGCGGUAAUAGCACGGCCAAUACAGGACUUUUUGGCAGUCUCCGAAACGUACUGUCGACAUCAUCUUGGCAUGGUGAUAUUGCAGCUAUUCGAGCUGGACGCCAGGAAAAGAUUGGCGAGAGGAACGUGCUAGUGGCGACAAAAAAGGGUAAAAUUCAAUCGUGGAAUAUGCAUAGAGGUGGGCAUACCUCGUUGGCCGCAGAAUCCGAAGGGCGGGAAACGAUCGUGUUAGCAAUCAAGGAAGCGAUACCCGCGUUCAACAGUCUCUUCGCAGAGACGUUCGAGCUUAUAGAUGUCGCUCACAUGCAAGACUCUCCAACUGAAACUGCCUUGAGUCGCCGAGGUGAUGUUGAUCUAUCAACGCGGCUUCUACUCUUGGUCUCGUUAACGGAAAAACAUCUCUCACAUUACUCACUCGUAGAGGCUAUAUUGGGGCCGGAUGGUCUUAAGGUUGGCAAUAUCCGUCCUAUCAAAUCAUAUUCCACGCCGGUUGCCAAAGAUGCGGUUACCAAUACACGACUUUACCUACCAGAUCCUUCACUUGCUUUUGUCGUUUUCAAUCGCGCCGUGGUGGUUGUUACGCUUAAUCAACCGGAUGAUUCGCCAGAAUCACAGCUUCUGACCGAGCGCCAUCUGUUCCCGGACAGCUUCGAAGAUGUGGUAGAUUUUCGAGGGGACAUGGACUUUGAAAUUAUCGGGUCUGGGGUGGAGGAGCUCCAUGCGUCGUCUGGCAUCACGGAGGAGGCUAAGACGCGGCGAACUAAAGCGAAGCAUCCCGCGACUGUUCUGAUUGCUCGAAACGGGGGCAUAUUACGCGUGGCAGCAACCGAUAUCAGCAAACUUCGUGUAAAAUCAGAGCCGCUGACCGCAAAAAGUAAGCUUCAGCAGGCGGUCUUUUUUGGUGCCCAACAGCAGAAUCCCAUCAAUUUCGCCGUUCGACCUGAGAUUGCAUUCCCGGCCGCAGACGUUGGCGCAGCUGCGAUGGAACUUAGUCGAGAAAUUCUCAAGUCCAAAACCCCCUACAUCCCUUCCGUUGCUGCUUCAACAGAACAAAAUCUUCGAAAACGAUCUACUGCUCUACGCGAUCUCGCAAGAUACUUGAAGUCGAGCGGCGUGGAAUUGGAUCGUAUCACAAGAUGGCGUCUACUCUGGGAUGCGGAAAAAAUGACUGCUGCAUUGGCUAUCUGGAACUCUUAUGACUCGAUCAUCAGCCAAAAGUCCCACGGAGAAAAGCGUGUGCUCCUGGCAGAGCUUGUUGAGUUUAUUCAUGAAGACUGGAAAUCUAAACCAACGGAUGAAGCUGGCGAGCUUGACCAUGUCCGAUAUUGGUUCAUGGAAGAUAUCGACAGGCUUGACAUCGCUCUUCCGUGGGCCUUCCAGAUUGUGAAGUAUGCUUAUGUUGACAGUAAGAAAUCACCUGAAAUUGUCAUGGAGACCUUGAAUGAAGCAAAUGAAUUCGUCAUUGGCGCGCUUGAAAGUGCUUUUGACUUUCGAGAAGCCAACGCUGAGCUGUACGGACUUGAAGAAGAAGUGCUAGAGCAUGGCAUCUUGACCUCCAAUUAUGGAGACCUUCCGGAGAUAUGGACUUCGCAGUCUUACCUAGUUGAGAAUCUCAAGAAACAGAUUAGUCUCGCCCAGACAUUCUUGAAGGCUUAUUGGAAUCCUGCCGAGCAAUAUUGUCAGGAUGGUCUCUGGCGGAAGGUCAAGGACGAGCAUGAAAAACUCAUCGAUAUGGGUAUCCGUUGUACACGUGAGCGAAUUCGAUGGGAAGACGCCCAGGAGAACCUAGCGAUCCGACACCAAGCCAGGCAGCGAGAGAGUUCACAAAUGAUCGCCGAAGACUCAGAAAUCAAGUUUCUUGCUAAAGACCUCCAACUUCCAGAUGAGGCUAUUGCGUUGGCAGAGAAGCAUGAAAUUUUAGCAACGCUUGCAUCAAUCUUGAAUUAUGAGCUCAAUCAAUACUCGGAGAGAACCAACGAUUUCACUCGCAACUCCGAUGCAGAUCGUCAACAAGCCAAAGCCCGUACCAAGUUGUUGCAAAAGAAGGUCAAUGAUUGUUUCCGCCGCUUUGGCAUGGAUUGGGCCUCGGCCUUUUACGAAUUGGAAAUUCAAAUUGAUUCCAUGUCUGAACUUCUCGACGAAUUUCCAUCACAAAUGGAGUACUUGACAGAAUUUUUGAGAAAACGUCCGGAAUUUGCCAAAGUCAGUUGGAUCCAUGAAAUCACACACCAAGGUGGAUUUGAUCAUGCUGCUACGGCACUCCUAGACCUGGGCCUGAAACGAGAGCAGGAUAUUUGGAGCAAAAAAAUUGAGCUAAGCAUAGGAAAAUUGGCUCGCCUUGCUAGUAGAAGUUAUAGCCAAGACAACGGCAUUCUCAUCCCAGAUGGUGGAAAGACCGAACUCGCUACAGCCCAUGAUCAAUUAGCUUUGAUAAGGAUUCAAGAUACUGUCUAUAAUUACAUACACAGCACUCUUGCCGAUGCCAUCGACGAAGAGGGAGAAAUUCAAUUGGCAUUGGAUGCUUUUGGAAACAAAUCUGUCCUCCAGGACCUUCCAGCACUUUCUCUUCUUUUAAAAGAGAGCAUGGAGCAUCUUGUCAAACAUAAAGCAAUGGACGCAAUGGCACUGAUUGACCUACUUACUCUCAUGGGCGAAUCUAAUAACGACGAGGCUCUCAGAAGCAUGCAAUUCUACAACGCAUUGCAAGCCGUACGACUUGGGGUCUCUAACAAAACCGAAAAACUGCUACUUCAGCGGGUGAUUUGGCGCCGUUGUAUGUUAAAGGACGAUUGGACGAGACUGAACAACACAGGUUCAAUGGAUGAUGCCGAAGUGUCUGAACAAUUGCAGGCAACGGCUCUGUACAUGACUUUCCGACAGUGCAUCAAAACUCGUCUAUUCGAAGAGGGUACUGGCAUCAUCCCCAUAAGUCCAGAGAACGUACUAGGCGCUUGCACUGAGCGACUUGAUCACAGGUUUACCAGUGUUAAUGUCACAAUGCAGCAAAAUUUACUGAACGACUAUCAAGUGGAGGAUGAGCGAUUUCUUGAACUCGUCAACAACCAUCGUAUGCAGAGCUGGUAUGAGUCGGCGCUGGAAACAGCGAGAUUCGAUCACAAGGCGGAAUUGGACCAGAUCACCAGCAGCGGGAGCGAUAUUGGAAGAGGAAAGGAUGCUUUAGAGCUAGCAGAGGAGAGGAUUGCGGAGAAAGAACAGAGCAGAGUUGAUGCUACAUCACGGGGCAAAUCACAGAAGUCAAAAUCAACAACGAACGGGCAUGCGAGGAGUACAAGGGCUUCGAUCAUGCAACAUUGA